UUUUGUGAAAACUGGAGAAAACUCAGGCAGAGGAGAUGGAAUGGGUGGAUCGAAUAUAAUCGAGGCGGUGUGUGACGACUUUGUUGUGUGUCUGUGACCGUCGCGGGCGACAGUGAUCUGAUUAUCGGGAAAAUAGUGUGCCCGCGAGCUCCGUGGAAAUGGAAGAUUGAAGUGUGCUUCAGAAUGCUUGUGAAUGCGUCUAAGCUGUGAUACAUACUCUUUUUUAUCGUUGGACUUCGUGCAUCAUCCCCAUGUUUACGGGUAAACUGACUCUCAAAGUGUGCGAAGCUGUUGAUCUUAAGCCUACUGACUUUCAAACAAGACAUAAUGUAGCUAUCAAGCCUGGUGGUGAGCAGUCAGUGAGCCUAGAUCCCUAUGUGUCAAUAGAUGUUGACGAACAAUAUAUAAACAGAUCAACUUCUAAAUCAAAGACACUAUGCCCAGUUUGGAAUGAAUCUUUUGAAACUGAGUGUGAGAAUGCACAAAAUGUAGGGCUUACAAUUUUCCAUGAUGCUGCAAUUCCUCCUGAUGUGUUUGUGGCAAAUUGCAUUAUUCCAUUUGAAGAUGUGGAUGAAAAGAAGACGGACAUCUGGGUUAUGCUGGAACCCCAGGGGAAAAUUCAUGUCGUCGUCUCACUUACCAAAGCCAAAGACAAUGAGGAUGGCUCCCGACCGGCGCCGAAGCGCGAGUUCAAGGAGCGCGACACGGGCUUCCGGCUGCGGCGCGGCGCCAUGCGGCGACGGGUGCACCAGGUCAACGGACACAAGUUCAUGGCCACCAUCCUGCGCCAGCCGGCGUUCUGCUCCCACUGCCGUGACUUCAUCUGGGGACUGGGCAAGCAGUGCUACCAGUGCCAGGUGUGCACGUGCGUGGUGCACAAACGGUGCCACGAGCUGGUCGUCACACGGUGCAUCGGCGUGCGCCAGACGUUCGACGAUGAGGGCCUAGACAAGCGUUUCAGUGUGAACGUGCCGCACCGGUUCGAGGAGCACAACUACAAGCGGUUCACGUUCUGCGACCACUGCGGCUCGCUGCUGUACGGUCUGAUCAAACAGGGGCUGCAGUGCAGCGCGUGCAAUCUGAACGUUCACAAGCGAUGUCAGCGGAACGUGGCCAACAACUGUGGCAUCAACACCAAGCAGCUGGCAGAGAUGCUCACCCGCAUGGGCGUCUCGUCGCAGAAGCUCACUCAGCGGCGGAAAAAGGCGUCGAUGACGCCCGCCACGAAGCAGACGAAGAAUGACGCGGGCGCCACCUCCGCGUCUGCGUCUGCGAUUCCGGAGGGCGAGGAAGCCGGUCCACGCUCUGCUGAGGAGGAGGAACUGCAACUGCGCAUCCUGUUCGACAUGAAUGCCAAACAGGCGGCCGGCGUGCCGCCGCACAAACACGACACCAAGGCGGGCCGCUCCAAUCUGAAUCUGAAGGAGGAGACGCACGCCCGCCGCGUCGGUAUCGAGGAUUUCCACUUCAUCAAGGUGUUGGGCAAGGGCAGCUUCGGCAAGGUGAUGCUGGCAGAGAAGAAGGGGACCGACGAAAUCUACGCCGUCAAGGUGCUGAAGAAGAACGUGAUCGUGCAGGACGACGACGUCGAGUGUACCAUGACCGAGAAGCGCAUCCUGGCGCUCUCGGCCAAACACCCGUUCCUGACGGCGCUCCACUCCAGCUUUCAGUCCAAAGACCGUCUGUUUUUCGUCAUGGAGUACGUCAACGGCGGCGACCUCAUGUUCCAAAUCCAGCGCUCGCGCAAGUUUGACGAGCCUCGCGCGCGCUUCUACGCAGCCGAGGUGACGCUGGCUCUGCGGUUCCUGCACCGACACGGCGUCAUCUACCGGGACCUCAAGCUGGACAACAUCCUGCUUGAUAGCGACGGUCACUGCAAGAUUGCAGACUUCGGCAUGUGCAAGGAGGGCAUCAUCAACGGGAAGACCACCAACACCUUCUGCGGGACUCCGGACUACAUCGCGCCCGAGAUUCUGCAGGAGCUCGACUACGGCUCGUCGGUCGACUGGUGGGCGCUGGGCGUGCUCAUGUACGAAAUGAUGGCCGGCCAGCCGCCGUUCGAGGCCGACAACGAGGAUGAUCUGUUCGAAAGCAUUCUGCAUGACGACGUGCUCUACCCAGUCUGGCUCAGCAGAGAGGCCGUCUCCAUACUCAAGGGCUUUAUGACCAAGAACCCGGCCAAGCGUCUGGGCUGCGUGGUGGUGCAGGGCGGCGAGGAUGCCAUCCCGGCACACCCGUUCUUCAAGGAGAUCGACUGGCAGGCACUGGAGGCUCGCCGCGUCAAGCCGCCGUUUAAGCCGAAAAUUAAGGGCAAGAAGGACGCGGUGAACUUUGACGCCGAGUUCACAAAGGAGGAGCCGAACCUGACGCCCAUCAACGUCGACAUCAUCAAGGCCAUCAACCAGGUCGAGUUCGAGGGCUUCUCGUUCGUCAACGCCGACUACGCGGCGCACCGCGUGUGAGCGCCCGGCGCCGGUCCAAGCGCACACGGCCAGCCCCAGAGCGGGCCCUCAGCUAGUCUUCACGCCUGUCGGUGUCUGCUGCCCGUCUGACUCCCGUCUCUGUCCCCCUGCCCUCGCAGUCCCUCUGUCUCGCCAUCUGUGCGCUGCUGCCCGUCCCCCCGUCCCGUCCCCCAGCCGUGUUGUAGCCGUUGCUGGUGUCCUGUGUCGCGCCUGCCGGUCGUCGACUGCAGACCGACUGCGUCUCAGCCGCCACCGGCGCCUCGUCGGCGCCCCGCCCACGCCUACUGGAUUUGUUAUACUUUUAGAGCGGUUGUGUUUUGCUACUUGGUUUUGCGGACGUUUCGCCGCGUUUUCUAUUGGCGCCGGAGCGGGCACGGCGCGCGGGCGCCGCGGCGGCCGCCGCCCGUACCUGGCGCUCCGGUAGGGCCGCCCGCCGCCGCGUGAGAGCGCGUUAGUCGUCGUUGUGUGUGCGUGCGCGCGCGAGCGUGUCGGUGGGCCGGGCGCGCGGACGCCGCCUCCCGGCCGCGUCUCCCCACGGCGCGGGGGGCGGCCGCGCCCCUCCCACCGCCGCCCCGGCCGUCUAUUCAGUGUCCGUGUAGCCGUGUGGUUGUUGUUAGGUGUUGGGGCGGCGGCGGCGCGCGGUCGGGCCGGCCGCCGCCGCCCUCCCCCUCCCCCCUUACUAGUCAGAGCGGCGGUCUUUAGCGCGCGCGCGCGUGCGCCAGGCGGCGGCGCGCCGGGCGCGAUCUCAGCUGAGCGGCCACCUGCUCCACUCGGCGCCCACUUCAGUUCGUGCGAAGACCUUUGCUAUUCUAUGUAUCUACUGUAUCUCUGUUUGGCAGAUCCGAACUUUAAUAAAUCUUUAAUGUGUA